AGCCAUACAAGCUAGAACAGUCAUUGUGUUUAGGGAUAUUUAUAUAUGUAUUACCAAUCAUGUGCUUAGGAAUAAGGGGUUGUCAAUAGUGGGCAUAGCGUACAGGGUAGGUUAAAGUUCACAGCGCGCAUACGGAGAGUGGAGUUUCUUGCAGUGUAAAAUCUAUUCAUUCCAGAACAGGAUACAGCGCUGGCCCAGUUCAAUAUAUUCUGUCGCUGUGGAUUCUGGGAGUUGAGGACACUGUCCAAGCUUGUUGUAGGCUACCGGGUGUUGACAGAAGACACAUUUCUAACCUCACACGGGUAGCGACACCAUGUCCAGCCGAGGAGGAAAAAAGAAGACCACCAAGAUGUCCAGGUCGACGAAGGCCGGAGUCAUCUUCCCUGUGGGGCGAAUGCUGCGCUACAUCAAGAAGGGUCUGCCCAAGUACAGGGUCGGUGUGGGCGCUCCAGUCUACAUGGCCGCUGUUCUGGAGUACCUCACUGCUGAAAUCCUGGAGCUGGCGGGCAAUGCAGCCAGGGACAAUAAGAAAGGACGUGUCACACCACGACACAUCCUUCUAGCCAUCGCCAACGAUGAGGAGCUCAACCAGCUGCUGAAAGGUGUGACCAUCGCAGCGGGCGGAGUCUUACCUAACAUCCACCCUGAGCUGCUAGCUAAGAAGAGAGGGUCAAAGGGCAAGCUGGAGGCUGUCAUCACGCCUCCUCCCGCCAUCAAGAAAUCCAAGAUGUCCGCCACUAAGAAAUCAGCCAAAAAGGCAGCUGCAGGGAAAAGGGCCAAAGCUAAGCAGAAACAGGGAGAGGUGAGCAAAGCUGCCUCGGCAGACAGCACCACAGAAGGAACACCUACGGAUGCAUUCACUGUCCUCUCCACCAAGAGUCUUUUCCUGGGUCAGAAGCUAAACCUGGUUCACAGCGAGGUCAGUAACUUGGCUGGCUUUGACGUGGAGGGGGUCAUCAACCCCACCAAUGCAGACAUUGACCUUAAAGAUGAUCUAGGUGGUGCUCUGGAGAAGAAGGGAGGGGAGGAGUUUGUGGAUGCCAUGUUGGAGUUACGGAAGAAGAACGGUCCCCUGGAGGUGGCUGGAGCGGUGCUGUCUUCUGGCUAUGGGCUUCCUGCCAAGUUUGUGAUCCACUGCAACAGUCCAGGCUGGGGUUCGGACAAGUGUGAGGAGCUGCUGGAUAAGACCGUGAAGAACUGCCUGGCCCUGGCUGACGAGAAGAAGCUCAAGUCUGUGGCCUUCCCUUCGAUUGGUAGUGGAAGGAAUGGCUUCCCGAAGCAGACGGCUGCCCAGCUCAUUUUGAAAGCCAUAUCCAGCUACUUUGUUGACACCAUGUCUUCUUCCAUCAAGACGGUCUACUUCGUGCUGUUCGACAGCGAGAGCAUAGGGAUCUAUGUGCAGGAAAUGGCCAAGCUUGACACAAACUAAGCCCCCGGCCCCCCUCACCCAUUGCAUUACUACAGGCUUGUUUAGAAUUUUAUUUAGAGAGAAAAAAUGAAAGAUGUUUACCAGUGAUUUUGUAAAAAAAUAUAUAUAUUAAAAAAAAACACACAAAAAAAAAGAAAUAUUGAGAGGAAUUGUUUUACGUUAUGUUUUAUUUGUUGAGAUGAAUCGUUGAAGUUGAGAGUUCAGAUCGUAAUGUGUCCCUGGUGGCGUCAGACCUGGGGUCCCGCUCAGAAGGGCCGAAACGUUCUGAAUGUUGUCUUCUUCUCUCUGACAUGAUUCCCUAAUUGUACAUGACACAGUCUGUUCUGUUGUGUUUCCACUGAGCAAGGCCCUGGUUGAAUGUUUCCUUAAUGUUGCACCCCGCUGAGCAAGGCCCUGGUCCAUCAGGAUGGUGGUACUUAAGUUCCUUGUGCUAAAACUGAAGUUCAAUGUGGUAAUUAUUUCUUAAGUUCUGUGUGCUAAAACUGAAAGGGUUGCAUUCCAAGUGUUGCAGUACUGUGGUCUUUGUGAGAUCUGUCUCAAUUUGUCUUUUUUUUAAUGAGAACAGAACCUUUUUAUGUUGAUGGUGUAUUAUCAGUGGUAUAUACUAGAUGGAGUGAAAUGUUUUAGUAAAAUAUUAGACCGUGACAAGGUUUUUCCUUAUUUUUUUUUUAAUGUUUUGUUUUUAUUCUGAUUUUCACUUUGCCAACUCUAAAAGAAACGUAUUUGAAAAGAAAAGUGAUUUGUGUUUUUAUUCACUUAUAAAGCUAUUGACAGUGUGUAGCAUUUUUUGUUUUGAGGAGUUGAAAGAAGUUGUACAGGCUUUUGUUCACAGGCAAUUAGUCCCCUCUCUGCUUACAGGCAAUUAGUCCCCUCUCUGCUCACAGGCAAUUAGUCCCCUCUCUGCUCACAGGCAAUUAGUCCCCUCUCUGCUCACAGGCAAUUAGUCCCCUCUCUGCUCACAGGCAAUUAGUCCCCUCUCUGCUCACAGGCAAUUAGUCCCCUCUCUGCUCACAGGCAAUUAGUCCCCUCUCUGCUCACAGGCAAUUAGUCCCCUCUCUGCUCACAGGCAAUUAGUCCCCUCUCUGCUCACAGGCAAUUAGUCCCCUCUCUGCUCACAGGCAAUUAGUCCCCUCUCUGCUCACAGGCAAUUAGUCCCCUCUCUGCUCACAGGCAAUUAGUCCCCCCUCUGCUCACAGGCAAUUAGUCCCCUCUCUGCUCACAGGUAAUUAGUCCUCUCUCACCAGUAGAUGGCUCCCUAUCGUCAGGAGUGAGGUCUUUCACUGAGCCAUUUUGUGCUGGAAAGACCUCUUUUUCAUUAAGAUGUCUAAAAUGAAGUGUCUGAUACAAUGGGUGGAUCAGAAUGGACGUUGCACUAACUAAUUGCUGUAAGCACUGUGUUUUGGAGUUUUCCAUAUCUUUCUAAUGAUGACUUGAAGAAGAAAAGCCUUCUUAAUAUUGCUAAACAUGAGAAUACAGGACUAUCCAAUAAAGUAUAUUGAAAACAUG